CCUCCCACUUAUACAUCUCGACAAAGCAGCCAAGCUUGACCGGAGAAGAAAGCUGCGGCGGCGAGCCGAUCGAGACCAUGGGUGAGUCACCGUCGUUUGGUUCGGUUUGACUUGACCAGCUUGAGGCCCACAAGGCCCAUACAGCAAAUUGGGCCUAGAAACUUCAUGGGCCAAAGGCCCAACGAGGGUCAAAACCCAGAAGCGGCAGCUCGCUUUUUCCCCAACCCGGAGGAGGCCGAGGAACACACAGAUCCAGCCGCAGAAGCAAAACCCAGGAGCAGCCAUGGAUCCCCUCGCCGUGCUCCGGGACUACGCCGCCCGCGGCGACCUCGACAAGAUCAUCUUCUCCGGCGACGAGGUGCUCUUCGGGUCGGAGUACACCUUCCCGGCCAACGCCCCCACCGCCUUCACCAACAAGCAGUCGGGCCGCCCCUACCCGCUCUCCGCCGCCGUCUUCCUCGCGCAGCACAACGACCUCAAGCACACCGACUUCAUCCAGGCCGCCCGCCUCCGCCGCAUCCCCCCCGUCUCCCUCCCCGACCGUAAGACCUUCCUCGACUUCCUCCGCCAUGGCCACCACUCGCUCCCCACCGACCCAUUGCUCCCCUCCGCGCUCCCGUCCUUCGCGCCGGAGCCCCAGCCGGCGAUGCCCGAGGAGCCCGAGGGCGACAAGGCCUCCGGCGCCUACAUCCGCGCCCUCGAGCGGACGCUCAAGGACAGGAACGCGCUCCUCGACGCCCGCGGCCGCGACUUCCUCGCCGUGCUGCAGAACGCCACGCGCCGGGAGGAGGAGCGCCGGCGGAACAAGGACAGCGCCCCCUCCUCCGCCCGCCACGAGCCCUCCUCCGCCGCCGCCGCGGCCGCCAUGGCGAAGCCCAAGGUGGAGAGGUCCUUCGGGGACGGGUUCGUGCCCAUCAUCCUCGUGCCGAGCGCGUCGCAGACGCUGAUUACGAUCUACAACGUGAGGGAGUUCUUGGAGGACGGUGUGUUCGUGCCGAGCGACGAGAGGAUGCGCGCGAUGAAGGGGAGCGGGAAGCCCGAGUGCGUCAUGGUGCAGAAGAAGCUGAUUCGUGGGGAGAGGGCCGGUGCUGGUGGUGGCGCGACAACGUUCGAGGUGAGGGACAAGCCGGCUUCGCUUAAGGCAGACGAUUGGGCGCGGGUGGUGGCCGUGUUUGUGCUCGGCAAGGAGUGGCAGUUCAAAGACUGGCCAUUCAAAGAUCAUGUUGAGAUCUUCAAUAAGGUUAUUGGUUUCUAUGUGCGCUUUGAAGAUGAUAGUGUGGAGGCAGCCAAAGUGGUCAAACAGUGGAAUGUUAAAAUCAUAUCUAUAAGCAAGAAUAAAAGGCAUCAAGACAGAACAGCAGCCCUUGAGGUAUGGGAGCGGCUAGAGGAAUUUAUGCGGGCACACACAUAGUUGAAGUAUCAUGUACACCAGAACGGCAGGAUCAUAUAAGUUUCACGCUGAGCGAUAGAAGUGGAUGCUAUUCUGGGUGAAUUAUUGACAGGUGGAACAGCCAUCCUUGAUCUUUGUUUCUUUAGUGACCUUAGAUAUGUUCAAAUGCGAUGGCAGGCAGGAACCUCCUUGCCUACACCCAUGAGCAUGUGUAACCUGUGUACAAUCAGUCGCUGAGCUAUGGCGCAUGGGCAUGUUUAAUUGCAGAUUGCUGACAUGUGCCUUGUUGACGCACGCAUUUGUCGUGCACUUGUCAUAUUUUAAGCAAGUACAUGAACAUAGCAAAUGUAUGCUAAACAUAGUCCAGAGGUAUGAAAUGGACUAUUUAGAGUUUCAA